CUAACAGGGAGUUAGCACCUCAGAGGGAGGCAGACCAGCAGGCAGGGUGCUGCUGUACUCUUGUUUUACCAGACCUUUGUUCCUUGAACCUUGUCCAGUUGCACAGGUUAGGCCUGCUUCUGUACUCACUGCAGGAGAAAGGGGAUGAGUGUGGAGAAACAGGAGUAAACAGACGACAGGUUUUCUUUUCCUCCUCUACUCAACCUUUUCAUAGCUGACAGCUUCUGGCGGACGUGCAGGCAAGAUGAUAGCGGCUCAGCUUCUGGCCUACUACUUCACUGAGCUGAAGGAUGAUCAGCUGAAGAAGAUUGAUAAGUACCUGUACUCCAUGCGUUUCUCUGAUGACACACUGAAGGACAUCAAGAACCGCUUCCGCAGGGAAAUGGAGAAUGGACUCGGCCGUGACACAAACCCCACAGCUGCUGUCAAGAUGCUGCCCACCUUCGUCAGGUCCAUCCCUGAUGGAUCAGAAAAAGGGGAUUUCAUUGCUCUGGAUCUCGGAGGUUCGAACUUUCGGAUCUUGCGUGUCAAAGUGACACAGGACAAGAAGCAACCCGUUCAGAUGGAGAGCCAAUCUUAUGACACUCCUGAUGACAUCAUCCAUGGUAGUGGGACACAGCUCUUCGACCAUGUUGCCGAUUGCCUCGGAGAUUUUAUGGAGAAACAAAAAAUUAAGGAUAAAAGAAUCCCUGUGGGAUUUACAUUCUCGUUCCCCUGUGUCCAAUCCAAACUGGAUGAGGCUGUCUUAGUGACAUGGACAAAGAAGUUUAAAGCUAGUGGUGUAGAGGGCAUGGAUGUUGUGAAGCUCCUGAACAAAGCAAUUAAGAAACGUGGGGACUAUGAAGCAGAUAUCAUGGCAGUCGUGAACGACACAGUCGGCACUAUGAUGACAUGUGGAUUUGAUGAUCAGCGUUGUGAAGUGGGAAUUAUUAUAGGUGAAAAUUAA